CUUAUUUAGCAGUCUGGUAAAGGGCUGUUUCACUGGCUUUUUGGCAACUACUUAGAUUUGUUCUGUAGAUCAAAAUCUACAUCACUUAGAUCUAAGAGGUUCUAUGGGCCAAAAAAAGCCAUAAAAAGGUUUUACUCUUAAAAAAUGUGGAACCCAAAAAUCAAACUAAUCAAGGCAAUGGAUUAAAAACUCAAGCUUGACAUGGGGAAAUUACAGGUAAAACAGUUAAACAUAAAUGAAUAUGAAAAAUGAAAAGCUUUUAUCUUUAUAGUAAUAUGAAUAAGGAAUAACUUCUGCAAACUCAAAAAAUGUUCCAUGCUCAGUUUUCUUUUUCCCAUACCUAGAUCAUGACAUCAAAUGGCCAGCUUUUUAAUAUUGCACAGGAGUAAAAAAAUAAUGCAUUUCAAAAACAUGUUAUUAGAAUUAGUUUCUAUGGAUUUGGGUAUGUCUGGGUGGACAGUAGGGGUCUGGAGGCUGGUUAGACUUAUUAGCCAUAUAAAGGGAAGCUGUAGCCUUCUAUAAUGACAGAAGAAGAGAAUGUUACUAUAGCAUUUAACUUCCCUUUGUCAAUAAUUAAAUAAUUUUUAAUUAAAGUGAGUUGGAAAGUUGUACAAGAGAAAGAGGAUAUGUUUAGUGACAGAAGCAAGUGGGUCCAUGCAUAUUUUGGUUGUUGGAUGUUCUUUUUAGAAAACCAGCAAUGAAAAACAAAACAGGCAGAAAUUUGAUUUUAAAAUACAAAAAAUUCUAAUGGACAAUACAGGCUGACUUAUUGUCAUGUGGUUGGAAAUUGGCAGAAAUUUGGUUUAAUUUUUAUUUUAAAUAAGAAAAAUUACCAACAAAGAGAAAGGAAACUAAUUGGUCUGGGUUUUGUUCAUACUCCUAGACAGGCAGCUACUUCUGUGACCAUACAGUGAGCGUAUGUCUUAGAAUAUGAUUAAAUCUGGUGAUUGUUUUGGGUUUUUUGAAAAGAAAAUCCAACAAAUUUGUAAUUUACUCCUUCAUUUUCUGACUUUAUAAAAGAAAACUGUAUGUUUUUCAACUUCAUAUAUGGUAUUUUAAAACGAAGAUCAAAUAAGCACCGGUUUACUUGUUUCCCAUUGUUGCUUUCUGGUGAGAACACUAAUUAAAAAUGUCCCCAACAGUAAAGACAGCGGUUUGAAGUAACUUUAUUGUGAAAGUUCUCAGCGGAUGCUGCACCACAUGGACGUCAGCUUGGCUCCACUCAGCUGGAGAAAGAGAGAGAGAGAGGGCAGAGCGUUUGAUCGGCGCUCUGACUCUGUGUUGUGCAGACGGAAUACUGAGGCGGCUCCUCUGUUGGAAGAAAACAACUUGAUUCGGCUCCAAAGAGGAUUUUAUAUUCGGGACUCAGGUUUGCCGUUAAGGAUCGCGGAUCUUUGUUCCAUGUAUGUCCCCUGCUGCGGGAUCUGAAGCUGAGGACAGAGGCAGGAGCACCGCUGAAAGAAGCUGCAUUGAGUCGGCAACAAAGAGCGCCCAGGGAAGCUGCUGCUGCCUGCUGGGGGAACAUCAAGUUAUUCCCAACAAACAGAAAGUCGUGGAUUAGAUCCCUCCUCACCAUGCUGCUCCAUAGACUGCUCCGCACGGCUUGCUUUCUGCUGCCGCUCCUCAUCCCGGGAAUCUUUAGGGUAAAUGCGCAGUACGGCGGCGGAGACCGAGGAAUGUCUAUCCCGGAGCACGGAUUCUGCCAGCCCAUCUCCAUCCCGCUGUGCACGGACAUCGCCUACAAUGAGACCAUCAUGCCGAACCUUUUGGGCCACACGAACCAGGAGGACGCGGGGCUGGAGGUCCACCAGUUUUACCCACUGGUGAAGGUGCAGUGUUCCCCGGAUUUAAAGUUCUUCCUCUGCUCCAUGUAUGCGCCCGUGUGCACGGUUCUGGAGCAGGCGCUGCCCCCCUGCCGCUCUCUGUGCGAGAGAGCGCGGCAGGGCUGCGAAGCGCUCAUGAACAAGUUCGGCUUCCAGUGGCCCGACAGCCUGGCGUGCGAGAAGUUCCCGGUGCACGGUGCGGGAGAGCUGUGCGUGGGCCAGAACAUGUCAGACCGCGCAGAACCGGAGGGGCCCGGACAUUUCUCCACAGAGCGCUCCCCGCCCGAGCCCACGUACGGUCAGUUCAGGUGCCCGGGCUCCCUCACCGUGCCCCCCUACCUGAACUACCGUUUCCUGGGGCAGGAGAACUGCGGUGCUCCGUGUGAACUGAAAAAGUCUCACGGAAUGAUGUAUUUCAGUGAGGAGGAGCUGAAAUUUGCUAGAAUAUGGAUUGGAAUUUGGUCGAUUCUGUGUUGUGCUUCCACUUUGUUCACGGUGCUGACCUAUCUGGUGGAUAUGAAGCGCUUCAGCUACCCAGAGCGGCCGAUAGUCUUCCUGUCUGGUUGCUACACUAUGGUGUCCAUCGCCUACAUUGCUGGAUUUUUACUGGAAGACAAGGUGGUUUGCAAUGAUCGCUUUGAGAAUGAAAUAAGGACUGUAGUGCAGGGCACCAAGAAGGAGGGCUGCACCAUCCUCUUCAUGAUGCUCUACUUUUUCAGCAUGGCCAGCUCUAUCUGGUGGGUCAUCCUUGCCCUCACCUGGUUCCUGGCUGCAGGGAUGAAGUGGGGCCACGAAGCUAUUGAGGCUAACUCCCAGUACUUCCACCUGGCAGCUUGGGCUGUUCCUGCCAUAAAGACGAUUACGAUCCUGGCUGUGGGUCAGGUGGAUGGGGACGUGCUGAGUGGGGUGUGCUUUGUGGGCAUCAACAGCGUGGACGCCUUGCGGGGCUUCGUCCUAGCACCUCUCUUUGUCUACCUGUUCAUUGGUACUUCCUUCCUCCUGGCGGGAUUCGUGUCCCUCUUCCGCAUCCGGACGAUCAUGAAGCACGACGGCACCAAGACUGAGAAGCUGGAGAAGCUAAUGGUGCGGAUUGGGAUCUUCAGCGUGCUCUACACUGUGCCAGCCACCAUCGUCAUCGCUUGCUACUUCUACGAGCAGGCCUUCCGUGAGCAGUGGGAAAGGACGUGGGUCAGCCAGUCGUGUAAGACGUAUGCUGUGCCAUGUCCCAUCCAGAACCACCCCAACAUGAGCCCAGACUUCACAGUCUUCAUGAUCAAAUAUCUCAUGACACUCAUAGUGGGCAUCACGUCUGGCUUCUGGAUCUGGUCUGGUAAGACCCUGAACUCAUGGAGGAGGUUUUAUACGAGACUGGCCAACAGUAAGCAGGGUGAGACCACAGUGUGACCUGCUUUUUACAAACUCACUGAUUCCGACUCAAUAUUUUCCCUUUUCAAAUAUUUUUGAACGCACCAGAGACCUUCACUCUGUUUUAUUGUACAUACACAUUUGUGAGAUUUUUUAAAAUAUAUAUUUGUAUUUAAAGGCUGAAAACAAAUUGUGCUAAAAAAAAAUCUUUUUUUGCAUAUUUGAAUAUGUUGGAAAUGUAUUUAAACAUCACAAGGAGCCAGCUGACCAUUACCAAUCCUGAUGUCUCAUGACCUAACUUACUGUGGACACUCCUGGGAGUACUUCACACGGAGUGUUUGUGUCUUUAGAGCAGUGAACUACUUGUGAGCACUGGGUCUAUUCUAAGCAGAAUCUUGUGAAACCCAAGUGCUUCCUCGUGGCUGCCUCUUAUCCGAAGUAACCAGCUGCACUUUGUGUGUGUGAAGAGGAGAUCUUCGGUUUCUGAAGGCUUCAUGUUGGCCGACCAGGAUCAGAAACACUGUGUAGUUUAUGAAUGUGAAUCACUGAGACAGAUGGUUUUAGGCUGUGUAUUUUCUGGGCCCUCACAGAUGAAACAUUCCUCUUUGAAAAGGAAAAAAAAGCACGUUAUCAUGCAAAAAGAAAAUAACGUAACAGUGUUUUUGCUGCAACGCUCCAGCUCUGAACCAGUACGGCAUGGUUUGAUUGGAUUUGUUCUUCUCCUCUUUUCGGUAAUUUGUUUUUGUAUUUGAUUUUCUUGUGCUUCAUUUCUUUAGUUGUCUUGUUCAAUCACACAGGGAUUUCAAAUAAGUGCCAAAUGCCUCCCUAGUACAUUCAACAAUAGUAGGAUAAACCUGAUCAGAAUCACCGUAGAAAUUAAAACAAGGGGAAAUUUGAUUGGGAAUAAAAAAUGCAAAAUAGGAAGAUUUUAAUAGUUUUUUUCCCUAAAUAAAACUAUAAGGUGUUCUAUCGAUGCCUUGUGAUUUAUUACGACUGCCCUUUAGGUGAGAUUUCAAAACAGAAAAAAACAUUUAUUAAAGAACAAAAAUCAAGUACACCACUAAAUUUAAUAAGGUGGUAGUCAUUUCAUCCUUGCACCUUUUACAACCACUGCUACUGCGGUUGGUCUCUACCCACCGUGUUUUGGUUUUAUUGUGGAACGUUUUAUAACGACUGUACAUCAGACCGGCACUUUGUACCCGUUUUCAUAUAAAUUAUGUUAAUUAAUGAAAAAUCGUGAUACGACCUAUUUUUUGAGUGAGCUGGGCCAAACGGGUCAGAACCAAAAUAAAUAGGAAUAAAGAAAUGAUUGAAGAUAAUGAUAUACAAUAAAAUAAAGUAUAUGUGUGAUUUUAGCAUUUUUUUCACCAUAUAUCCCCAAAGUUCAUUAACUGGUAAAAAGUGGCGUGUUUACAGGUAUGGAGUCAAAUUGGGAAGGAAAUAAAUUGUAAAGUUUAUGUACAAAACGAGGGUUUAAAUUGGUGAAGGUGGGACUUGACCCAAAACCAUUUAAUUAAUAUUUUAAUAAAUUUAAAACAACCCUUCCUGAUCAUCCACUGUUUUAGAUAAUGUUUUCUACAGGGGUGUAAAGAUGCAGAAAUUCUGGUGUGUUUCUGUACAGCUCAGAGUCAGAACAAUAUUAAUUCAUUAAUAUGUUUCAGUGAAAUAAGAUGCAUUUUAAAGUCUUUCAAUCAAAAAGCAGCAGAAGCUCAACGUUUCUCUGAAAUGCUCAUUCAAAUAGAGCUGCUAGUUUUACUCCUACAAGGCUGAGAUUGAUGAUUCUACUAUUUGUUUCACAAAGAUUAGCAGGACAUCUAAAGAAAAAUCAUUUGGAGUGCUCUCAUAAUAAUUUUGUAUUUUUGAAGCAAAAAUGAGAACCAGCCAUUUAUCAGAAUUUCAUAGCUUUUGUAGUCUGUUUGGUCCUUUAUUUGACAUAAAAAAGCUAAAAAUGAUAGACAAUAAUCUGUGGCUUAAUUAUGAUCUGAGCCAAAAACAUUAGAUGUGCUAGUUGUGAUUUUAAUUCCUAAGGAGCUAAAUUGAAGAAUUACAUAUGGAGCUUGCCUUGCAGGAUGUAAUCAGCAUUAAAAACCUUUUUUUUAUUUUGAGGGAAACUAGAUUUUGAAAAGAUCUGUGUCGAAGUCGUUCAGGUGCGGCUGUGGAAACAAUGUUUUAAUCUGAUGAGGCAUUAGAGGGACCUAAACUCCUAGAUUAUUCAUUUCAUACAGUUUUGGAUAACGACCUUUGUCACAGUAUGGAAUUCAGACAUGUUUAUUAAAGGAUAAUGGUUCUCCAAGGCUAAACAGGGUGCUGUAAAUGAAUCUAUAGUCUUUUCCUCACUUGGAAAUUGAAUGUUUGAGUUUGGAUGAUGUGCGGAUUGUGUGGACACAGCUGGACUGUUAGAACUGAACAGCAGCCAGGAGCUUGCACAUCUUCCCCUGCAGAAAGGAAGCCGUGUGUUGAGAUGCAGAGCGGCUGCUGUCGGCGCAGCUCGGCUCAAACAUUUCAUGACUGCUUCUCCUCGUCGGAUUCUCUUCCAUAUGGUGCUUCCGAUUCCUAACUGUUCUUUUAUUGUGUUGACGUGUCUCCAGUUGUCACAUCUUUGAAGUCAUUUCUUUACCUUUGCUAUAAAGAGAGCAUUUUAUAUUUAUAGAAUAAAUCUUAUAUAAACACAAACUACAUUGAUUCUCUUAUGCGAAUAAAAACAGACUCACCAAUGCAA